GGGGUGGUUGCGAGGACGAACGGGAACUCGCGUGACGCCGACAACGUCGGCACCACCUUCCAUCGAGGUCUAUCGUUCACUGAUUCGGACGGGUUCGUUUCCUUCGCCACCAAGUUCCCAGGGCUGUACGCGGGACGCACUACACACAUCCAUAUCAUGACGCACUCGGAUGGCACUGUGCUUGCCAACGGAACGUACUCGGGUGGACGGGUAUCGCACGUAGGCCAGCUCUUCUUCGACCAAUCCCUCAUCACGGAGGUGCAGUCCACUGGAGUGUACGCGGACAACUCGAUCCGGGUCACCACGAACGAAGACGACUCCAUCGCCUUGCAGUCUGCGGCUGACGACUUCGACCCGUUCGUUCAGUACGUGAAACUGGGCGAGUCCGUGGAAGACGGUCUCUUGGCUUGGAUCUCGGUGGGAGUGGACAUGACGAACGACAACAGCGUGACCGCCGCGGGGACGUACACUGGAAGCGAUGGC